UUGCGUUUCUUCGCUUGCCCCUCUCCGCUUCCUCAGCCGCGACGGUCGUGGAGGGUUUAGGGUUUAAGCGCGGCGAUUUCCUCCAACGGUUGUUCGCUUCUUCAUCUUCUUUCUCUUUUGUUCUUCUCGGAGGGUUCUCCAACAGGAGAGGAGAAACCCUAAGCCUAGAGUAAUCCUGUCCCUAUCACCUUCUUCUCUCUUCGUUCUCUCGCUUCGCUUCUCCAAUUUGGACAUGGCGACCUCGCUCGCCUCCCAGCUUCAAGCGAUCAAAUCCGUGGUUGCGGGGGCCCCUGACCCCAUCAAAAGGCCACAAACGCGCCCUUCCGUGCUCUUCGCCCCGAAAGAAGCCGCAGAUAUCGAUCUUCGAACUAUCCUCCCCAUAGCCCUCUCUGGAUUGGAGGUUCUCGUCGAUCUUGAUGAGCGCUUCAGAAGCUAUAAAGACACCCUCUUUAGCGAGAUCAGCCUUGAUCUCGAUAGAGAAAAGAUGGUUCCAAAAGAAAACGAGAAGCUCAACGGGUCGAUACAUUCGUUUCUUCGAUUGCUUUCCGGACACUUGCAGCUCCCUGCGGCUCUUAAGACGUUGGAAUAUCUCAUCCGCCGAUACCAGGUCCAUGUAUACAACAUUGAUGAGCUGGUCCUCUGUGCGUUGCCCUACCAUGACACGCAUGCCUUUGUCCGGAUCAUGCAAUUGAUGGAUUUCAGAAAUGGCAAGUGGUCAUUUCUUGAAGGUGUCAAGUCUUCUGGUGCCCCACCUCCAAGGAACGUCCUUGUGCAGCAAUGUAUCCGAGAUAAGGGUUUAUUGGAGACUCUUUGCAACUACGCAUCUCCAACAAAAGAUUUCCAGCAUUCAAGGCCGGUAAUUUGCUUCUGUACAGCUAUGAUUGUGGAGUCACUAGGUGCCAUACCUAAGCUGGACACAGAGACUGUACAGAGGGUACUAGGGUUUGUGUUCAAUGGGCUUAAUCCUGCCAUGAAGGGAGACCGUGAUCAUAAGGCUGGUGCACUAAUGGUUGUUGGUUUGUUAGCAAGUAGGGCAACAUUAGCACCGAAGCUUAUGCAGAAUCUGAUAUUUUUCGUUGCAAGGCUGGCGCAACAUGAUGCUAGUGAGUCAGUAGACUUACCGUGGCUUCGUGUGAUGAUAAUGGCUAUGAUUAGUCUUGUACAGUCACAGUCAGCUCAAAUGUUCCCUAAGAAGACUCUAAUGAUUCUGAAGGACAUCAGGGAUUUUGCUGCAGUACUUGCUGAACUAUCAAAUGAGUUCAAUAUUCAGAGGUUUACAAGCCUUUAUUUGGAAACAUUAGUUGAUUACAGUGCUUCUGAUGAUUCAUGCUGCUCAUCUUUGAUCGAUAUGAUCGAGGCAUUCCCCUUGAAGAACUUUAUUGAUAAGAUUGUGGCGAAGGUGCUCUCUUAUUGUGUGAAGGCAUCACAGAUCACGGAUAACCCAAACUUAGAUGACAAAGGCAGGUGGGCAAAGAAAGUCCUUGCUUCGAUUGAGAAUCAUUAUCCAACUGAAUUUCGUGCUGCUAUUCGCAAAUUUUUUGAGACUUCUAAAACAAACUUAAGGAAGGAAGAAUCUAUUGCAAAAACGUUGUCAUUGAUGUUUGAUCGAGAUGCGGACAUGCCAGUGGAAAUAUCUGAUUCAAAAAUCUGGUUCUCUUUGGAACAUCCAGAGGCCAUAGUUCGUAAAUCAACCUUCUCAAAUAUUGCUGCAUCUGGCGUCCUUGGGAAGAUAAUUUCUAAUCCAAAGAUGGUUGUCAAUGUGCAAGAUGCAAUUUUACGUGGGCUUUAUGACGAUGAUCUUACUGUUGUUCAAGCAGCUUUAUCUAUUGAUGAACUAACUGGAGUAGUCAGCCCUCCACUUCUUUUGAAAGCUUAUCGCCAUGUGCUAUCAAAAUGCAUUGAAAUCAUUAAUAAAGGUGUUUCUAAGACAUCGUUAGCUUGUGAUGUUGCUGUUUCAUGCCUCAAACGCAUAGUUCUGGAAUUCCAAUUGAAUCACUUAGAUUAUUUGAAGGAUAUCGCAACAAUUAUAUUUCCUUUACUACUUGUUCAACGAAAGACCUGGAGACUGAAUUUAGAGGCUCUGGCAUUAGUGAAGCAAAUGCAAUGGCCAUUCUAUGUUCAAAGUUCCAUUACAAAUGUGCAGAUAGCUCUCGAGCAAAUGAAGAAUUUGGAUUUGCGUCAUGCUGCUUCCAUCAAUAUGAAAAAUAUUGGUGCCUUUGCUGACACCUUUCUGGCAGACCUUCGGGAACAAAUGCAGUGGUUGACUGAGUGUAGCAAUCAUGGUGGAUUGUCCAAGAGUUUAUUUUUACUCAUCAUAUUGCAGGCGGUCAUCAUCCAUAAUGAAGAAUCUAGCAGGCUUCUAGAGAUCUAUCAAGCUUGCUCUUCAUUUUUGAAGAAUGAGUGGCUUAAGAUGGAGUCUCAGGGCGGCAUUGUUAAUGAAGAGAUCAACAUGGACAAUUUGGAAAAAUCCCUUGCAGAAUUGGUUAACCAUCUCUUUACUGCUGAAUCUGAAGCAUUGAAUGCCAAAAUUAUUAGUUGCAUCUUUUGGAGUCUUUUGAAAGUACACUCUUCAACUGCUAACCAGGCUACCUUGGCUGAUGUUAGUGAGAGAGAAUCUAUGCUUGAUGAUCUAUACCUCUUCUUCGUCACGUCACCGUCCAAGGAUGUCUUCAGAAAGCAUCUUCAGUUUCUCUCUAUUAACUGCACUGGUUCACCUCUUCAGUUUCUUUUGAAGUACUUUAUACAGGAAGGUUUCCCUGCUGAAGUCCAAGUUGAAAGUCUUCUCUUGUUGGGAUCUGUUUGUUCUCUAUUUGCAUUGUCUGAAAGAAAUAGUUUGGACGAAAACUUCCAUUUGCAACUUCUACUUGGAUUUCCUUCACUUCUUAUUCCACUCUCUCAUGAAAACAAGGAGAUGCGGAUGUCUUCCUUGAGUUGUAUAGAAGGACUUUAUAUAAUGUUGCGACGCUCGAAUGCCUCUCUUUCAAGAAAUGGGAGUAACAGUAAAUUACUUCAGCGCCUAGCAUUACCAUUACCAACUUUUGGAGACUUUCUGGAGUCCUUGAUCAACCAAAAGGAAAUGAUUUCCUCUGAUGUGAAAUUUCUUCCAACUUAUAUGACAUCAAUUUUAGGCUCAUCUUCAAAUGAUCUUCUGGUUCCUGAAAGCAUUCAUGACAGGUUUGAUCAGUCAUCAAAAUAUGCUAUAUUGCAUUUCAUCUUGGAUACUGCUCUUCAAUAUUCCUCUUAUGGAAAGCUGAUGGUGCUAUCAUUGUUCAAAGGAAUGGGCGAUUGCAUAUUUCAAGUGCAAGCUGUUAAGUCAUUGUUGCUUGAACUUAUGGAUCGGCGUAAAAAAUAUCACCUUGGGACAGAUAGUUUACAUCAAAACCUGUCGACCCAUGAAAUAGAGAUCUUAUGCUUGCUUUUGGAGGUUUCACUUUCUCCUUCAAGCUCUGCUCAUGUGGAUGUUGAAAUAUUGGGCAUUGUGACUGAAGCAUUAAGAGUAGAUGGUUUGUAUAGUGAAGAUCCUGCUCUUGUCCGACCAUGUGUUACCGUCCUGCAGAACUGUGGGCCUGCCUUCUAUGAUAGUUUGAACAUGGAGAUGCAGGUUAAGAUUUUUGCCAACCUUGUUUACCUAUUUCGGAAUGAUAAUGCAGAAGUUCGAAAUGCAACAAAAGCAGCACUGUUGAGAGUAAAUAUUAAUUGCUCAACAAUUGAUGAGCUUAUUAAGGGUUUUGUUGCUUAUGGUGAGACGUUUGGUUCGUCAAAAAGAACAAAGAAAAAGAAGAACUUGAAGAACGACAGAUUUGGCAUAUUUCAUGAUUUAUUUGGCAGAGAAGAAUCAAUAGUUUUCUUCCUCAUGUCUCUUCUGGAUAUUCUAUUGCAAAAGAAGAAUAUCAACAAAAGGGUUUACUUGGUACCGCUUCUUUUCGAGGUUCUUUCAAAACUCUUCUCGAAUGAUUGGCUUCUAGAUUUAUUUGAUCAAGGAGAAAAGGGAGCUACAGAGCUAUCUGAAAUUCCGGAGUCAGUCUCUGGUGUUGUCUAUCAAGCUCAGCAGACAACAUUGUUAAUCAUCAAAGAUGUUAUUGAUUCAUUAGAAUCAGAUUCUCCUCAUGCUGAGCUAAUCAGUAAAGUAAAUGUGGAUCUUCUGAUUGAAUGUUCGCAUUUUGUUACUGAUGCGGCGACGCGCAAUCUUGCGUUUAUGCUGCUUUCUUCUGCUGCAAAGGUUUCUCCUCAGUGUAUUUCGGAAAGAAUUAUUGAUAUAUUUACUGUAAUUGGAGAAUCUGCUGUAAAGCAGAGCGACAGCCAUUCACAACGUGUGCUGGAGAAUCUGAUAUCAACUCUAGUUCCGUGUUGGUUAUCGAAGACAACUAGCAUAGAGAAGCUUCUUGAGAUAUUCAUCAAAGCUUUGCCAGACGUGGCUGAACAUCGGCGGCUGACGCUUAUAAUAUACCUUUUGAGAACCUUAGGAGAAGAAAGAAGCUUGGGCCCAGUAAUUGUUCGUCUCCUCCGUUCCUUAGUUCGACGAGCUGCUGAAUCAUCCUUAGAUGUUAUGCCCAAAGAAUGGGAAUACAUGUUGGCAGCGCAAGUAUGCGAUCAAUAUUCAUGUACUAUAUGGUUUCCUUGUUUGGUAAAGGUGCUGGAAGAAACCAGAGUGCAUUGCGAACAAGGAGGUCUAUUUGCUGAACUACAUAUUGGGAUGCAGUUUAUUCUGUAUAAGCUGCAAACUGCAGAAUUGGUUUUUGAACUUGAAUCUGGGCAGCAUACAGAUCAUUUUCAGAACACGCUUGGAGCUCUUAUGGAGCAGGUUGUCUACCAUUUGCAACUUUCUAGUGCUGGAAGCAGACAACUGAGGAUUCAUAAAGACGUUCUGAAGGAAUUUAAAGAUUGUGUCAAUAGAGUGCUCAGAGCAAUUACAAAAUGGAUGGUUCCCUCAACAUACUUUGGAGCAAUUACUCAUUUACUUGGACAUUCAAGCGGCAGUGUGAAAAAGAAGGCAUUAGGGCUAUUGUGUGAGACGGUGAAGGAUAAAAGUAUGGCUGAGAAGAGAAAAAAGGAUACAAAGAAAGCGCAGUAUAAUGCCUUUCCACUCCAUGUUGAUGAGACUGCCACUCCUUCAUUUAAUGAAUUGUGUUUAAAUAUAGUUCAGUUGAUUGAUGAUACUUCUGAUAGUUCUGAGGUCCCUACGAAGAUUGCUGCAAUUUCUUCUCUUGAAAUACUAGCCAAAGAAUAUCCGUCUGAUAAUUUUGCCUAUGGCACUUGCCUUACGAGCAUUACAAAGCACAUUGGUUCAGAUGAUGUGGUGAUUUCUUCUGGGAUAAUUCGUGCGGUAGGCUCUUUGAUCAGGGUGCUUGGUACAAAAGCACUAUCUCAGCUUCCCGUUGUCAUGAAGCAUAUUUUGCAAAGAGCCCAUGAGUUCUCCAAGUGUCCUAGUCAGAAGUUUAUUCUUAGCGCUAGUAGUGGUUUUGAUGGACUUUCGAGUCACAGCAUAUCUCUUUUGCUAUCUGUUCUAAUGACUUUAGAGGCAGUUGUUGAAAAGCUUGGUGGGUUUUUAAAUCCAUAUCUUGAAGAUAUAUUGGAUCUCAUUGUACUUCAUCGAGAAUAUGCUCUAGAGUUAGAUGUGAAGAUACAAGCUAGGGCUGCGAACAUCCGCAGGCUUCUAACUGAGAAAAUACCGGUUCGACUUAUGCUUCCGCCUCUGCUCCAGCUGUACACUAGGGCGGCCCAAUGUGGAGAAGCAAGCUUAUCAUUGACUUUUCAAAUGCUGGGAUGCUUAAUUGGUGUCAUGGAUAGGCCAUCUAUAGGAACUUAUCACGUGAAAAUAUUUGAACAAUGCUUGGUAGCACUUGAUCUCCGCCGUCUGCUCCCAGAGUCUGUUAAGGACAUAAAUGUUGUGGAGCAGAGUGUUAUUCAUGCUAUUACUGUUCUAACAAUGAAACUUACUGAGACUAUGUUUAGGCCCCUUUUCCUCCAUAGUCUUGAAUGGGCAGAGUCUGAGGUUGAAACCAGUCAGUCCUUGACAACAAAAAGCUUGGACCGAGCAAUUUCCUUCUACGAAUUGGUCAAUAAACUUGCUGAGCAACAUAGGGCCUUGUUUGUACCUUACUUCAAAUACAUUGUUGAGGUUUGCGUGCAGUACUUGACAGAAAACCAAGAUGCUUUAGCUGGUUCGAAACAAAAGAAGAAGAAGGCAAAGACCGCAGAUGCAAAUAAUCAAGGAAAAGACAAAUCUUUGGCCCCUAAGCAGUGGCAUCUGCGAGCUCUUGUGUUGAAGUCCUUAUAUCAAUCUUUCCUCUACGACACAGACCAGAAGUUUCUGGAUUCAUCUAAUUUCCAGGUUCUUCUGAAACCUAUAGUUUCUCAGGUCAUGGUGGAACCUCCAGAAUCUCUUGAGUCGUUUUUGGAUGUACCAACUUUGGAAGAGGUUGACGAAACACUGGUUUUGUGCCUGGGUCAAAUGGCUGUUACGGCACAAUCCGAUGUUCUAUGCAAACCACUGAACCAUGAGGUGUUGAUGCAGACGCGGAAUGAGAAGGUGCGGCCGAGGAUCUUAGGACUGAGGGUUGUGAAGUACUUAGUAGAGCAUUUGAAAGAGGAGUAUCUUGUCUUUUUACCUGAGACUAUUCCAUUCCUGGGCGAACUGCUCGAGGAUGUCGAGCUUCCGGUCAAAACUUUGGCUCAGGCAAUUUUGAAGGAGAUGGAGACCCUCAGCGGGGAAAGCCUUCGACAGUACCUCUGAAAUUUUGGGCCUUGUUGGUAGAAUGUUAGAAUGAGACGGAAUGCUCAUUCCCACGGAAUUUUGUAGAAUUAGGGGGAAUACAUUCCCGUUAAAGUUGUUUUGUCUAAUAACUUAAUUUGUAUAUUACGCUCUUUCAUGUAAUUUUAUAUAUUUAUAUAUUGUUUUUUUUCUUCUUCGGCUGACAGAUAGGUAGCAGAAGUCGCCAUUUUUUAAUAACUUAAUACAGCUUUAUAAGAAAAUUUUUCCUUAAAUA